AUGGCUACCGGAGUAGAUGCGCGACUCUUGAAGUCGACCAAGUUCCCUCCUGAGUUUAGUCAAAAGGUUGACAUGCAAAAGGUGAAUUUGCAGGUCAUGAAGAAAUGGAUCGCAAGCAAGAUCUCUGAUAUUCUUGGUAACGAGGACGAUGUCGUGAUUGAGCUCGUAUUCAAUCUGAUCGAGGGACCGCGAUACCCGGAUAUCAAGUCGCUUCAGAUCCAACUCACCGGUUUUCUCGAUAAGGACACGGCCAAAUUCUGCAAAGACCUAUGGAAGCUAUUGCUGAGUGCACAAAGCAGCCCUCAGGGGGUUCCCAAGGAGCUACUUGAGGCUAAGAAAUUAGAGCUCAUACAAGAGAAGAUUGAAGCCGAUCGUGCUGCAGAGAAUGCGAAACAGAGACGAGGCGACUGGGAUCGCCGCGACCGCGAAGUCGCCGAUAUGAAGGACCGCGACCGCCGAGACCGAGGAGCUACUCCCGAGGAAGAGGGGGUUUCAGAAGAGGAGGUCGUAGAUCACGAUCGCCAGGCCCUCGCACCCGCCACUCCAGGGACUCAUUUGGGCGUGACAGUUACGUCCCUCGAGGCAGACGUGGAGGAGGUCGCGCUGAUCAUGCUCGACGAAAGUCGCCUGCCCGGUCACGUUCAGGAUCGGCUUCAUUUCGAUCGAGCUCGCGCAGCCGUAGCGGAUCACGCGGCAGCGAUCAGGCGAACCGGCGACGACGAGCUGCAUCUCCAGGAGCACAAGGAGAUGGACGGAAGAGGGCGCGCUCACCUCGAGGGGACUCAUAUCGAGGCCGCGCAAACAGACGUGGUGAACGAGACCGCCCGACUCGCCCAUCCCGUUCCGCAUCUUCCGAUCGGAAAUCUCCAGCGGCGAAGCGUAGACGCUACUCUUCAUCAAGGAGUCGCUCGGUCUCCCGCCGCAGACGAUCCACAAGAAGUAUCUCAUCAUCACGAUCUGGAAGAACUGCAAAUUCCCGCAGCCGCAGUCGAAGCCGAAGUUACAGCCGUAGCCGCAGUCGUAGUCGCUCUGCCAGUGCAUCGCCGGACCGCAGGACCAAGAGGCGGUCAAGUCCUCGACGAGGUAGUCAGCGGUCUCCAAAGAGGAAAGAAUCGCCGGCCGGCCGGCGACGAAACAGUUCUUCAGCUUCUUCGCGCUCAAGAAUUCGGGAAAAGUCAGCUGAUGUUUCUGAAGAUGAAUCUCGUGCCCCACCGACCAAGCCCGAGGCAGAGGUGGCCGGGGAAUGAAGUAUCCGAGGUUAGUUUGAUAUGA